GUGCAUCUCAUCAUCUCAGCAAGGCCAAGGUUAGAACCGGCCAAGCUGUUGUGCGGGCUGCGGGAGGAAAUAGGCUUAAAACGCUUCGCGCAUUGCCGUAUUAUCCGACCGCCGUCGACCGACCAUUCUGCACCUCGCAGUCGACUCUGACGGUUGUACUAGUGCAAGUAAAGCCGCAGCAAUGGUGGACGCCGCAACCAUGGAGAAAUUAGAGGCUGGCUUCAGCAAACUCCAAGCUUCUGACUCAAAGUCGCUGCUGAAGAAAUACCUUACUAAGGAAGUUUUCGAUGCUCUAAAGAACAAGAAGACGUCAUUCGGUUCUACUCUGCUGGAUUGCAUUCAGUCAGGUGUUGAAAACUUGGAUUCUGGUGUUGGAAUCUAUGCCCCAGAUGCUGAGGCAUACUCAGUCUUUGCUGAUCUCUUUGAUCCCAUCAUUGAGGACUACCACACAGGUUUUACAAAGAAUGACAAGCACCCACCCAAGAACUGGGGUGAUGCAGAAACCAUGGGAAACCUUGACCCCACUGGUGAAUACAUUGUUUCAACCCGUGUCCGCUGUGGACGUUCCAUGGAAGGCUACCCUUUCAACCCCUGUCUAACAGAGGCUCAAUAUAAAGAAAUGGAAGACAAAGUCUCUUCUACACUAUCAGGACUAGAAGGUGAACUCAAGGGUACAUUCUAUCCUCUCACUGGAAUGUCAAAGGAAGUUCAACAAAAGCUCAUUGACGACCACUUCCUCUUCAAGGAAGGUGACCGUUUCCUCCAAGCUGCCAAUGCCUGCCGUUUCUGGCCCAGUGGGCGUGGUAUCUACCACAAUGAGAACAAGACCUUCUUGGUUUGGUGCAAUGAGGAGGACCAUCUCCGCAUCAUCUCUAUGCAAAUGGGUGGUGAUUUGAAGCAAGUUUACAAGAGGCUGGUAACAGCUGUCAACGAUAUUGAAAAGAGGAUUCCCUUCUCGCACCAUGACCGCCUUGGUUUCCUGACUUUCUGCCCAACAAACUUGGGUACAACUGUCCGUGCAUCAGUGCACAUCAAGCUGCCCAAGCUUGCCGCUGACAAGGCAAAGCUGGAAGAAGUAGCAUCCAAGUACCACUUGCAAGUCCGUGGUACUCGAGGUGAGCACACUGAAGCUGAAGGUGGUGUGUAUGACAUUUCCAACAAGAGGCGUAUGGGUUUGACUGAGUAUGACGCUGUCAAGGAGAUGUACGAUGGCAUUGCUGAACUUAUCAAAAUUGAGAAGUCCCUGUAAGCUACAAACUGCAAUCAGUAUUUUUUGUAUUUAUCAUUUUAACAUAAGUUGGUUGCUACGCUACACUAGUCAGUGAGACUCCAGGAGAGCUCCAGGCAUGCAGGCAGUCCUAUAAUAUACUGUUCUCGUAAAAGUAUUUUCUAUAAGGAAAUGGAAAAUAAAGACAGCUAGCAUUAAGUCCAAUAA